CAAUUCUACGGACCGGCUAUUUUGGUUCGUACAGGUAGGAAACCUAACAUUCGUACCUCGAGUACCCAGUUGUCUGAUCUCCAUUUGAGCCAGUUUCACGACAGAGGCAGAACCCAUGACUUUUCUCGUCUAUGUUCUGCUCAUUUUCCUGUUAUCGCCCCAGAUAUUGUUAUUGUUUCAGGUAAUUCAUCGGCAUUAACUGCUAUUUUAGGUGAUAUAACUGAUGCUAAGCUUCCAAAUAUGCGGGGUUCACGACAAUUUGAAGUGGAAUGGGCGGCGUACGAUAGGAUCGUGAGGAGGUUUUGUGCAUCUCGACGAACCAUAUGGUUGGAUAUGCGCGGAAACCAUGGUUUGUUACCCUUCGUAAAUGACGUGCCUCAGAUAACUUCAAUGUCCCUUCCGUUUCCCAUCCGGAAAAUUAUUUUCGGUACGUUCUGUCUUCUUUUGUUUACAUUCUUCCCACUUCUUCAUAACCUUUGGAUCUAUCCCACUUAUUAUCUUCUCAGUCAGUACUCUGCAGACGGGCUAAAUUUCACUCAAUCCUACAUGAUUACUCAUCGCAAACCGUUUGGUACGUAUUCUUUUAUCGCGUUGGAUGCCUGCCCAUCUCCCGGAAUCAAGCGUCCACUUAAUUUCUUUGGCCUUAUAACUCCGGCAAGUGACGAAUUGGCAAGAUCUCUCCAGUCUUUCUCCACUAGGACACAUGGUAGUAACCAAACGUUCUGGUUUGGCCACUACCCCACCUCCACAAUCAUUUCGUCCGAAUUUGAUUUACGAGGUCUAAUUGGGUAUGCAUAUCUCAAGCAUGAUUUUACAUUGAUGGCCUUUUUGAAAACUAGUUUUCAUGUGGUAACACUUGAUUUGAGUAGAGUGCCAAAGAUGUACACUGUACAACCACAAGGCUUCUUGGAGCUGGAACUGGCAGACUGGCGUGAUGGCCGAUUCUUUCGUAUUGUCGCAGUGGACAACGAUUUGGUGUCGUUUGUGGAUGUCCAAGCCCACAGCAACGAGGCAGAGGAUUGGCCUAUCAUACUGAUUACUAACCCUAAGGAUGCGGCCCUUCUCUUGCCAAACAAGGAGCCCACAAAUCGCAUUCUCCAGUCCACUCACAUACGAAUUCUUGCCUGGUCAAAAUACCCGAUUACUCGAGUCUCUGUGACGAUUGACGGGGAACACUUAGGCGACGCAAAGCCGGCUGCUCUUCACGAGGGCAGUGGAGCCACUAAUUCACCCCUCUUUGUCCUUCCAUGGAAUCCGGCAGCGCUUGUGAAAAGUGGUCCUCCUGCUGGAACAAGCGCACACUCCUUGAGGGUGGUUUGUCAAGACGCCCACAACAAUGUCCGUACGGUACAACAGUCCUUCACAUUGGAUGGCACCACGCGAUGGAAUUUCGGAGGUUUUCAGAGCUUCAUUCUCCUGGUUAAUCAGACCUCCAACCUCAGAGUUGCCUUCUACUUGAUUUGGUCUUUCCCCUUCUUCGCUCUGCUUAUCGCUCGAUUGUUCGGCAGAACUCCAUUCUAUGGUCGUGUUUGUGAGGACUUCUGCCAGCUGAAGGGCCUUUGUGAGGUCGCGAAUUGUAAAGUCGCCUUCGUCGGACUUACCUUCUACCUGGUCUACAUCCUCUUUGGUCCAAUCUUUAUGGGUUACCUACUAGAUGACAGCUUCGGCUAUGUCUUCACAUUCGGCGUCUUCGUUCAUAACACCUUCAUUCCGGAGAGCACAACCUACAUGGUUGAAAUUAUUCAGCAACUUAUCUUCACCUACCCUCUCCUGCUGCUCCUCACCCACCGUAUGCGUGCAUCUCGUAAAUUAUACUGCCUGGGCUACUUUUUUCGCUACUGUCCGUCACGGAAGCAAUGCGACCUGCUUUUGAUGUUUCUCCUCACUACACUCCAAGUGACUUUUGUAGUGCUUGUAGUCCUCUUGCCAUACGGUUGGGUGGCGUUUUGGCUUUCACCGGGUCGACUAUGGCUUCUCGGUUUGGCGUGGUCACUCUUUAUUUACACGGGUAAUCAUGGCCACCAUGUGGGAGUUCCAAGCACACGGACUUCUUUGGUUGUCGAUGGCUCCAAUGACUAA